AUGUCGUAUACCGUUCGCAAGAUCGCCCAGCCCCACACGCUGGAGCACCGUGUCUACAUCGAGAAGGAUGGUGUCCCCGUCUCUCCCUUCCACGACAUUCCCCUCUACGCCGAUGAGGGUCAGACUGUCCUGAACAUGGUUGUUGAGAUCCCCCGCUGGACCAACGCCAAGCAGGAGAUCUCCAAGGAUGAGUUCCUCAACCCCAUCAAGCAGGACACUAAGAAGGGCAAGCUUCGCUUCGUCCGCAACUGCUUCCCCCACAAGGGCUACCUCUGGAACUACGGUGCCUUCCCCCGCACCUGGGAGGACCCCAACGCCAUUCACCCCGAGACCAAGGCCAAGGGUGACAACGACCCGCUCGACGUUUGCGAGAUCGGUGAGCUGGUCGCCUACCCCGGCCAGGUCAAGCAGGUCAAGGUUCUGGGUGUUAUGGCCCUGAUCGACGAGGAGGAGACCGACUGGAAGAUCAUUGUCAUUGACAUCAACGACCCUCUGGCCUCCAAGCUCCAUGACAUCGAGGAUGUCGAGCGUCACCUGCCCGGCCUCAUGCGCGCCACCAACGAGUGGUUCCGCAUCUACAAGAUCCCGGACGGCAAGCCCGAGAACCAGUUCGCUUUCUCCGGCGAGUGCAAGAACAAGAAGUACGCCGAGGAGGUCAUCAAGGAGUGCUCCGAUGCCUGGGAGAAGCUUAUCUCCGGCAAGACCAGCGCUGGCGACAUCAGCCUGUAUGUUGAACUCUAUUCGCCACUUUGGAAGAUGUAUUGGACUCUUGCUAAUUCCUUUCUCUGCAGUGCUAACACUCAGCUCGAGGAGAACCGCGCUGAGCCGAGCCAGGUCGCCGCCAUCCCCCGUGGCGAGAACCUCCCCCCGCCCCCGUUGACGGCAGCAUUGACAAGUGGUUCUUCAUCUCCGGCGCUGCUGUGUAAAUAUCGCCUGUCACUUUGA